AUGGAUCCUUUGCGUUACAAUAACACCAACCCUAUGCCUCCCUUCCCUCAAGUUCGUCAUCACCAACUGACUGCUCAGCUCCCACCAGCAUCAUCCUUUCCUGUGAAUGCGAGCCCUUCUACGAACAACCACAUCCCUUCGCCUGAGUUGGGGAUCCACACUCCUAAUGCCCUUACAAAUAUUCAAAUCACUCAUGGGGUCAAUGCAAAUCCCCAAUCAUCGUUGAACCUCCAUAUCCAGUCGUCUCCUAAAGACCCUUCGGCUGACCAUAUUCUGCUACAAUCACAUUUUCCUUCGGCUGAACAAGGAAACCAUCCUCCAGUUCCUGUAUUGAAUGCCCAGAAUGACCAAGGAGCCCAGAGUUCCCCUACCAGCAUCACCUUUGGUUCCUUUAUGUCUGUGAAUGCCUCAAAGCCUGCUAAAAGAGUGGUCUUCGACAACGGGAACCAGGCAUGUACUAGUCACCAGACGAAACUCAAGAGCUUUCUAAAGCAAAAGGCGAAUGAGAUUAGAGAAAAUCAGGAGACAGACUGCUAUACACCAGCACUUGAUAGAGGUGAUCAUCAUGAUUUGGAAGGGCAGAAUGAUAAGGUUGGGGAUUCUAAAGAGGCUCAGGGGACAGAAUCUAUACCAGAUACCACUGGAUCAAAUAAAGAAAAGGAUGAUAUGGAGAGUGGCUCAGUGGCUCAGAAGCGCUUCCAUGCAGUCUUCAUCCAGGUGGUCAAUGCACUGAAAUGGCAGGCCUUUAUGAUUAAGCCUAAGAAAGAGGAAGGUAGAUAUGGUAAAGACAUGCUGCAGGACCUCCGGAUUGCACCACCCUUUUCUAUCAUCACUAAGGUGAAAUGGAUUACAUGGGAACCUCCAGCUAUGACUAUGAUGAAAUUAAAUGUUGAUGGAGCUUCAAAAGGUCUGAUGGUCAGGUUGGUGCACUGGAUGUCUGGGGUAUUGGGUUUUGUUGAUCUGGGUUUUUCCUGGACCUUGUUUUGGUUUUAUGAGGUGUCUCAUUGUUGUCCAUUGCUGUUUUUGGUUGGGCACCUGUGUGUUUCUGGUCUGCCUGGGCUGUUCCUGUUUGUCCUGACUCCUCCCCUGUGUUCAAUGGCAUGGCUGGUUUUGCUUCUGCUGCCUGCUGUUUUGCUGCCCCUGUUCUUUGAUGCUGCCUGUCCUGGACUGGAGCUCCUUUGCUCUUCUGGGUUCCAGCUUUAUUGCAGCUGCUGGGAUCCUCAUUGCUUGGCCUACCUCAGAUGGGACCCUGUGGCCUUGCUGGGCAUUAUGGAUUCAUGUGGGGUUCUUGUUGGUUCUGGGUUGAAGGGCACUGCUCACGUGACUGCUCAUGGGACUGCUCCCGUGAACAGUGUUAAUGCUUCUGGUGCUGGUUUCAACUGCUUGGGACUUCUUCUCGAAUUUCAAAUGGAGUUUCAGCUCCUUUGCAGUGCAUCUGCUGCACUAGUGAUUGCUGUAAUGAAGGAACUAGACAAGUCGAGAUUGCAAAUGUAUCAUGCCAGAAGUCAAAUUGGAAAUUGCAAUAGGCUUUCCAAACCUGGCAUUGGGUGUCCAUGUGGAGGAGAGUUUGCGGCUGAUGACUGCUGGCUUGACGGGUACCAUGAAGACAGUGCACCCCGUCCUUCAUAUUGA